GUUUAAACUAAUACUAAAACUAUUACUUUUAUUGAAGUAUACGUUUUAAAUACUGAUUACUAUUUUUUUCUAUAAAGUAGUAUAACUGUUAAAUAAAUAAUAAAUAGUGAGUUUCUUUCAUUUACCAGAGCAAACAAAUAACAAUUUGAAUGAAAUAUGAAGUCUGGUCAAGAAGCCGAAGAUCCUAAGGUAGAAGAGUUAGAUGGCAAAGCAAAGUUACGAAAAUGGCUUAACAUGAAUUUUAGAAUAGAAAUGACUGAUGGAAGAGUUCUUAUAGGUGUAUUUUUGUGUACAGAUAGGGAUGCUAAUGUGAUUUUAGGCGCUUGUUCAGAAUAUUCUAAAAACAGUGAUGGAGAACCACAAGAACCUCGAGUAUUAGGACUAGUUAUGGUUCCUGGACGACAUAUUGUGUCUAUACAAAUUGACGAUACAACACCACCACAAAAAUAUUAUUAUGAUGAGUAAUUUUACUUUGUCAUUAGAAAGCUGUACUUGUGUUUCGGAUGUCUUCAUCUUCGUCUUGUAGUAAAAUAAUUGCAGAUUUAAUUGAAUUAAUUUUAACUUCAUCUGAUAAAUUAAUAAAUUUAUCUGCAAGCUCAUUGUUAGCUAAUGCAGCUAUAUA